AUGGAGCUUCAACUAUGGGCAUUGCUGGGGCUCGCUGGGUUGCUGUUGCAGCUUGUCCUCCAACUGAUCAAGUCGUUUGUCUCGCCUCUCCGAUCGAUUCCGGGACCGUUCCUGGCACGUUUCACCGAUGGAUGGUACUUGUGGAAGGUGCGCCAAGGUUCAUUCGAGCGAGUGAACCUGGAGCUUCAUGAGCGUUAUGGCCGAGUAGUCCGGUAUGGACCAAAUCGAUAUAGUAUCAAAGACCCCGAAGCCGUCAAGACCAUAUAUGGCCUGAGCAGUGGCUUCCCCAAAUCGCCAUGGUAUACCACCUGGUCCAGCCCUGGCCAAUGGUCCCUGUUCAACGAUCAGGCGAUUCAACGACACUCGCAGAGCCGAAGGCUCUAUCAAGCGACAUACUCCAUGUCGACACUAGUACAGUACGAGCCCUUUGUGGACGAAUGCUCCGAUCUCUUCACGCAAAGGCUUAGUGAGAUCGCGGUCUCCAACAUGCCGGUCGACGUUCGGCACUGGUUCCAGUGCUACGCCUUCGACGUGAUCGGCAUGAUCACUUAUGGAAAGCGGCUCGGAUUUCUGGAUCAAGGCCAGGAUAUCGGGGGCGUGAUCUGCGCCCUCGAAGACCAUCUCUCCUACGCCACGCUUACUGGCAUCUACCCUGCCCUUCAUCGUUAUCUCUUCCCUCUGAAGAACUGGUGGGCCGGUUCAAAGGGAGCGGGGAGGGCCUACGUGAUGAGUUUCACGAAGGAAAGAAUGCGAGAGAGCCAGGGUACAGCCAAGCCAGUCAUUGAGGACGACGGGAUCAGUGUCCAGGAUUUUCUCUCCAAGUUUCUAGCUAAGCAUUCGGCGGACCCUGACGUGUUCACCUCACAUCACGUACUGGCAGGAUGUGUCUCGAACAUGGUUGCGGGCUCCGAUACCACGGCAAUCAGCCUCUCCGCCGUCCUCUACUAUUUGUUGAAGGACCCAGUGAGCCUACAGAGACUACGAGAGGAGAUAGACCGAUUUGCUUCUGAAGGCCUGCUGUCCGAGUCCCCAACGUUCAAGGAAACUCAGCAGAUGCCGUACUUGCAGGCGGUCUUCAAGGAAGCCCUGCGCCUACACCCGGCUACUGGUCUGGUGAUGGAGAGAGUCGUCCCAAAGGGCGGCGCGACAUUGUCGGGCCAGUUCUUCCCAGGAGAUACUAUUGUUGGUGUGAACACUUGGGUUGCUCAUCGCGACAAGGAUGUCUUUGGCCAGGACUGCGAUAUCUUCCGACCUGAGAGAUGGCUCGAAAAUCAAGAUCCCGAUCGGCUUUCAUUGAUGAUUCGCUCCUGGAUGCCUGAGCAGGAAGAGCGAAUGCACAAGCACCGGGGCGAACGAGAUCCGCAACCUGCCACAUGCGUUCCGGAGCUGGAGAAAGAGCUUGAGAUGCGUGACACGGGCGCUCCGCUGCUCACGCCGUCUCGCUCUCCCGGUUCUUCGAUUGGCACCCAGAACCAAGCGUCCUUGAUUGAGGGCGCGGUGGUGUCGGCGGAACGCCCGGUCAAUCGGAAUACCGGAGCGGCGCGCUCAAAGCAUUCUUGGGGCUUUUAUCCCUGUAACAGCCAGCUCCCCCAGAAACAAUGGUUUGGCCCAUCUUCGCUUUUUUAUUUCAUCCAUCGCAUGUCCUCUCAUCUCGGUACUUUCAUCGAGAAUCCUCCCGCCGAGAACACGAUCCACUUCAGGCCUCCGGAGGGUGAGUCCCUCACAGAGGGAGGCCCAAGACAGCCGUCACUGCAGCCAGAUCAUCCACUGGAUCCUCACUCCGCAGCGAGUAGUACAUACUACUUGACAGCGAUGCAGGAGGAGUAUUUUCUCAGUUAUUUCUGGCAGUCCUGGCACUGCGCCUAUCAGGUCGUCGACGAGACCAGCUUCCGGAAUCUGUACAGGUCACUAUGGACGAAUGGCAAGUCUCGAAAACCGUCGGCUCUUGUUGAUAUCAUCCUGGCUUUGUGCAUUCAUCUCGACACGCUUUCUCCGCCAUCCCCGGCGACGGACAGCCAGCCGCCUUCAGGGACCGACUUCAGCAAUACAAAUCUCUACUCCAGUACUAUGAGCUCGGCAUCCCGCAUAUCUAACAACCAGCAUCCGAGCGAUACCGACCUGCGGGGCUCGAUCAUCACUGGACGCUGGCACUACCAAAGAUGCCAGACACUGCUCAUUUCUGAGCUGGAGAACCCAACUAUAUCGACUUUACAAUGCCAGCUCCUGUCGGUGGUAUACCUAUGUUGUUCGUCCUUUCAGAAUAUGGCAUACAGUCUCAGUGCACAGGCCAUCAGGACGGCUCAGAUCCUCGGAUUCCAUCUUGAGCCCCCUCCUAACCUUCCGGAGUCGGAACGCGAGUUACGGAAGCGCAUAUGGUGGACACUGUGCAUCAACGAGCUCAAGACUUGUCUCAAGCUUGGCAGACCCUUAUCAGAGGCCUUGAAUGCAAGUGAGUGCAGCUUGCCGUCAGAUGACCAUCAUGUGGCCAUCCAGUCGGGAUCUGCUGCGCUUGUCGCUGGCAACGCGACUUGGCUAUCCUAUACUGUUCAGCACACUAAGCUUGUCCUUGCGAUACACGACGUUUAUACAGAUUUCUACGACGAGUGCGCUCGGCUUAUCGCCCUCCAUGGCCUGUCAAGUAUUUAUGAUAACCAACAGGUUCUAGAAGCCUGUGCACAGCGGUUCAAGUCCCGGUUGGACAUCCUCGAAGAUUGGACAAGACACGUUCCUGAUGGGCUAAAAGCCCAACGCGUAGGGGGAGGGCAGCCCUUCUCUACGGAUGGCACAGCUCUUGCACUCCAAGGAGUCUUCGCGCCAUUGUGGUUGCAGCGCCAACGCCUAUUUUUGGAGCUCACGUACCACAACCUCUGUAUCGUAUUGUACCGCGCCUUGAUCUCAUUCUCCCAUAACACCUCGCCCAUUGUGGAGGAGUGCGCUACUCAGGGGGUGAACCAUGCCAUCACUCUCACUGUUCUCACCCAUCAAGCAGUCUCGGAAACCGAGUUGCUGAAGGGCUGGCAAGAGGCUUUUCAGUGGCAGUGGAACGCAGCCAUCAUCAUGGUUGGCUACCUCCUUGCCCACCCGUUGUCCCCGGCGUCAGCUGUCGCCCGCAGCACCCUCAGCAAAGCGAUUGAAGUCUUCGAGGUCUUCGGAAAGCAAUUUGCCGUUGGGACCCGUGCGGCGGACGUCGUUCAGUGUCUGCUUCGCAGGAUCGAAUACGUUCUGCAGAAUGGCCAGUCGGGGCUUGCUGGUCCUUUGGGACAAACACUCCCCUUGGACAGUUCAAAUAGUGAGCUAGCAUCGAUGGCCAACGGCUUCGCAGCAGCAGGCAUGGAUUCGAUGGUCGGUCAAAGCGAGCUCGGAAACCCCUAUGGGCUGCAGGAUGUCUUGACAGGGACGAUGGACUUGGCCUUCUCGGUAGAUUCGGUCGACCGGUUCGAGGUGCUCGAUCCAAGCAGCUUCAACUUCUCCGAAUUUUGGAUGUUUCCAACCGAAUAA